GGAAAAGAAAAAAAUAAACAGGAUAGUGGAGCUAAAGGAGCUAGGUGCGGGUUUUCUUUGAGAUCUUUCUGAACUUAGUUGCGUUUUAAGUUUUACUAACAAGCUAAACUGCAAAAAGAGCAGUCGUCGUUUAAUUGUUGGUUUUACUUCGAAAGAAAGGGGCCUGUUGGAGUUAGCUCCUCCCUUGUUAGCCACUCAGCUAAUCUUGCUGCACUUUGCAGUCGGUGUUCAGGACUAAUGCCUCAGGAGGGAGAGGAACCUCUUCCCCCGGUUCGCUCUCUGAACAGCGGGAUUCCCGUUAAUGUUAUCUUCUGUAAUCGCACCAGCCGUGUUGUCCGGCCGCUGUGGAUAAAUUAUGAAGGCAAGCCAACGAGUUACGCCGACAUGCAGCCGUUCUCGGGCCGAAGAAUGACGACCUAUGUCGGGCACCCUUGGAUCUUCAGAGAUGCAGCCUCGGAUGAACCUUUAAAAGUCAACUGCAAAGAGCUGUUUGUUCCCAAACCGUCCGGGGAUGAGGCUGUUCAUGUUAACAUCACUUUACCAGUUGACAGUCUGAAGGAUCGAGCUCUUUAUGCUGUGCGACGUCUUGUGCGACCAGAGGACUACAGGAAGCUGGAAAUCGCACGAUGCCUUCAUGAGGAUCUGGAAAAUCCACCCAACCAUCGGAAAGAUCUCCAGCGCAUUAAUCGGCGGGUAGAGCAGCAUCUACUGGGGGCAGGAAGCCCCCAGUAGAUGCUGGGGCCUCAGUAGAGCAGCGCUCUCUCAAAGACACUAAAGACUGCCAGAUGAGUCAUCGCUGUUGAUUUGCUGUAAAGGAGACUCACUUUGACUUCCUGUCUCAUUUGUGAUAUUUUCCCAGCAGAUUUAGCAAAAAUGUCUCCUUCAGGAGGUAAAAAUCAAUUUAGCCUUCAAUUGGAGGGUUUUGUUAUGAAUGUGAAAAGCUGUAUUAGGACCAUAGAUGGGGGGUAAUUUCAAAAAUUUAUUUUUUUGGUAUUGACAGCAAAGUAUGAGCUUGGAUAGAGUAUAAAUGAAUUUUAAAAAGCUAUAUGCAACUUUUGGGAAUUCUUACCUUUCCUCUCAGAUUAACAACAAAAUUUGAGGAUUUUUGUUCGACCUUUUCUCGCUGCUAACUUAACAUCAGAGAAAGCAGAGCUGAAUUCAUCAAGUCUUUAAUUAAACGCUGUAACAUGAGCUUUUCUUUGCCUUCCCACCCAGCAAUCUGUUGCCUUGUUCUGAAUUGACUUAUAGCCACUUUACCUGAACUACUUUCACCGUUUAUUUUUUGAGAAUUAAUAAAUAUAAUAUAUAUUUGU